AUGUCUCCGAACAUGACAUGCGAAGCUCUCCAAUCUUUUUCCCCAAAGCUAUCUCUUGCCAAAAGAAAAGAAGCUCUUGAACUGAGAAAGACUAUGAAACCGCUAAUGGAAAAAAGAAGACGCGCCCGUAUUAACGAAAGUCUGAACCGCUUAAAAAACCUAAUCAUCCCCCUCACAGGCAGAGAUCACUCUCGUUACUCCAAGCUUGAGAAAGCAGACAUCCUGGAAAUGACCGUGCGGUUCCUCGGUGACAUUCAACCUGCUAACGCUAAAAGUUCUGUAGAGAAUUACAGGGAAGGUUUUAAGGCGUGCCUCAAACGCGUCUCUGUUCUGCUUCCCCAAACCAACUUGGAUCCAGACGCACACCAGCGCGUCAAUGAAUUUGUCCAGCAGUCCAUAUCCGCCACCGUCACCCCAACCUGCCUGAACUGCUGCGCCCAGACCUCGAUGACUUUGCCUCAGAUCCAUCAGAGACUCUUGAGCAUCAAAUCCAGCUUCAGCUCCAGGGUGCAGAGUCAGCAACGCAGCAGCGCAGCGGUCCCAAACCAUGCGCAGUCAGACUCGCAGACUGCCAGCGCUGCAGUGUGGAGACCUUGGUAA